CUUCAUCACAAUUAUAUAAUAUUCCCCAUGACUUGACAUGUCUUUCAUUUAUGGAGGUGUCAUUUGCUUUCAUACCUCUCUCGUCUUCUACCGGCUUCCGCCAUUAUUAAAUUCAGCUUUCACUCUGUUUCAAUUUCAUCACAUUUUUAAAAUCCCUUUUGAGAGUCCAUGAUUCUGUCAUCCAUUACUGUUCUCAAAGCUUGACGUUUAAUGCUCCUCUGUUCCGGCCAUCAUUUGUUGGAUUACAACUUCUAUUGCAUCGUAUUUUUUCAGAGAUUUGGUUCCUGAUUUCCAACAAUCCAGUGACCGGAAGAGUUAAGAAUAAUGUCGGAGAACAGAGACGGGCUGGAUUACCUCCGAAUUCCGUUCGAGAAGAUCAAGUUUGGUAAGAAACUCGAGGGUCACGGCUAUGGAAGUGUGUUCGAAGGAGAAUUUGGAGAUCGACGAGUUGCGUUGAAGCAGUUGAAUAUCACGAACCUCGGUAACAUUAAACCGAAGCUAUUAGGUGAAAUUUUAACGAUUUCUCAAUUCCGGCAACAUCCAAAUCUCGUUGCUCUUCUCGGUUUCUGUGACGAAAGGAGCAAUGAGAUCAUUCUCGUUUACGAGUAUGUCGCAAAUGGACAUCUAGCUGAUACGAUGAGAAAACGUCUGAAUACGAUCCAGCGCUUCGAGAUCUGUCUCGGAGCUGCUCGUGGACUGGAUUAUUUGCAUACCGGCGUUAACUCCACCACACCUGGAAUCGUUCAUGGUCAUGUUAAGCUUUCGAAAAUCCUGUUGAAUUCUGAUUCAAAUUCAUCGAAAUUUGAAGCAAAGAUUUCGAGUUUUGGAUUAUCCAAAAUCGUGCCUGGAAAAGCUCAGAAGGAUCCGGAGGAUGAAGUCAACGAGAAGCCGACGAAGGAAUCUGACGUCUACUCUUUCGGUGUGCUGUUGCUUGAAGUGCUGUGUGGUGUAUCGGAAUUGGUGGAUACCGAUGAUUAUCAGGAACGCCAUGUGUCCGAAUUGGUCCCGAAGAGACUUGAACAAAAUAAAUUACGCAAAAUCGUGCAUUUCGAUAUCAGAAGAGAAAUCAAAACGGAGGCGUUGGAAACUUACGCGAAAAUCGCGUGCCAGUGUGUAAUGGAAAACCCUGAAACACGCCCUACCAUGACUCGGGUUGUUGAAGAACUCGAAAAGGCAUUGAGAUUACAGGGAGGAGAGGUCACCUAUGUUCAAAUUCUUCGUAGCGAAAACAUCAACGACGUAGCAGAUGAAACAGUCGUAGAUGAUGGUCAGAAAGAGGACGGCGAUGAUGAGACGGUGGAUUCAAAAACACUUGACGAAGAACCCCAGGAGGCGGAGAUUGUGGCGGUUGAAGAAGAUGCUAAGCAGGUGAUCUCCGAUGUCGCCGGAGAAGAUAAAGCAGAUGAAAUUAGCAAAGUUGACAAAUCUUCAGAAUCUACCAUUGAUGAGACGAAUUCACACGACAAUAUAACUGCGCAAGAGCGGAGCUUCGAUGCUUCACUUCUAAAUGGCGUUAAUGGUGAGAGUUUAACUGACAAUUCUCAUAUCGAAGAUGCUGAAAAGGAGAGUAGCAACACUGUGAUAACGAACACCAAUGAUCGAGAAACCACAGAAGAAAUUACCGACAAUUUAAGCUCCAAAGAGGAAUCAAACAUCACUGAAGACGAUAACCAAAACUUAGUCCAAAUUGGAGACGAUCUAGAGGAGAGUACCAGAACUGCGAUUGCGAGCAUCAAUGAUCCAGAAACCGCAGAAGAAAUCACAGACGAUUUAAACUCCAAAGAGGAAUCGAACAUCACAACAGAAAUCGAAGAUGAUAACCAAAGCGAAACUCAAAUUGAAGAUGCUCCAGAAACCACAAACGAUUCCAAGUCCGAAGAGCAAUCGGACACUGGAAUUCCGGAAUCAGGCAAUAGGUCAUGGAACGAGGUUGGAGACGGACUGGAUGACCUUCGAAUUCCAUUCCAGAAGAUCAAAUUUGGAAAGAGAAUCGACAUUGAUGGUUACGGAAGCAUGUUCGAAGGAGAAUAUGAUAAUCAACAAGUCGCAUUAAAACAAUUAAACAUCACAAACCUCGGCAACAUUAAACCCAAGCUUCUAUCAGAAAUUCUAAACGUAGCUCGUUUCCAAAACCACCCAAAUGUCGUUGCUCUUAUCGGCUUUUGCGACGAAAAAAACAACGAAAUUACGAUCGUUUACGAAUACAUCUCGGGGGGGAAUCUAGCGGAUAGUUUGAGUAAACAUCUCACCACGAUCCAACGACUCGAGAUCUGUCUCGGUGCUGCUCGUGGAGUCGACUAUUUGCACAGCGGUCUAAACCCUACGCCUGGUAUAAUCCACGGUGACAUCAAACUUUCGAAAAUUUUGUUGAAAUUGGAUUCAAUUUCAUCAAAAUUGGUAGCUAAAGUUUCAAGUUUUGGGUUGUCGAAACUUCUGCCUGGAAAAUCUCAGAGGAUUCUGGAUCCUGAAGGUAAGACGAAGGAAUCUGACGUUUAUUCAUUCGGUGUUUUAUUGCUUGAAGUUUUAUGCGGGGUGCCGGAGUUAGUGGAUACCGAUGAUUAUCAAGAACGACAUGUUACUGAAUUGGUUCCCAAGAGGCUCGAACAAAAUAUGUUACGCAAGAUUGUGCAUUUCGAUAUUAGGGAUGAAAUACGAGCAGAAGCGUUGGAAACUUAUGCCAAAAUUGCAUGCCACUGCGUAGUAGAAAACCCUGAAGAACGACCAACCAUGGCUCAUGUUGUUGAGGAACUUGAAAAAGCGUUAAUAUUACAGGGCGAGGGUGUAACCGACAUUGAAGUUCUUGGUAACAGUAAUGGCAAUAACCUACAUGAAGAAAGUGUUGAUGAAGAUGACAAUGGUGAGACGAUGGACUUGAAUACAGGGGUGGAAGAAUCCAAGACUGUUGAUGACGUCACUAUGGAAAUGGAGAGCUUUCCUGUUAUUGAUAUACCCGACAUAACGCAUGUUGAAGAUGCUAACAAAGAGAUUGACGAACUGUUGGUUGAAUCUGAGAGCAUAGAAGAAACCACAACUGAUGUACAAUCCAAUGAGGAAUCAAACAUCAUUUUGGAAAACGAACUCGAAAACAAAAGCGAGAUUCCACUAAUAUCAUUAGAAUCCAACAAUGGUGACAUUGAGAACGUCGAAAAAGAAAAUGAAAACACACUUCCAACAAACACCAAAAGCAAAGAAGAAGAAAUCACAGAUGAUAAGAUUACACCCAUGGAGAUUACUACGGAAGUGCACAACUCGGAAGAAAAUGAUAAUAGCAAAAUUAAGUUACAUGGCACCAAGAAGGAACCCGAGCCAAUCAUCGCCACAAGAGAAAUAAAUUUCAAUGAUUUUGACACCACCAACUUAAUACCCAUCACAAAACCCCAAGAAUCUGAAACCAAGAGAAGCAGUAGUAAUAGUAGUACAAGCUCCGAGUCUAGCAAUGGCGAAGGCACCGCUCCCUCAGAUUCUUUACUGCAAAAAAGUUCUCCAAAUGGUAACACCACGAAGAAAACAUUGUAUGGCUCAAGAAACUGUUGUUCCUGCUCGUGGUGGAACCUUAUCUCCAACAGUCUUACUAUGUUACAGAGUUGCUUCGUGCGGAGGUCAAUUUUGGAAUAAAUCGAAAUCAUGUUGUGCGUGUAUCGGAGGGCAAUUUUCUAGCAAACAUGACUAAGAACAUUGUGCUCCUUGUAUCUUCUGUACAAGAUGGGUCAUUGUUGUUUUUACUGUUUUCUUAAAUGUUUUUGAAAUUGAGAGAGAAAUAUACCCAUGAUUGUUUUAUCAUUUGUACACUAUUGACUGUUGUGUGUACAUAUGUUGUUCUGAGCAUGAGAAAGUAAUAUAUCUACGGAUUUUUUUUAUUUUUGUACACAGCAUGUGGAUUAACUUGACGAAAAGGGCAUUAUUGUAACUUACCAUAUGUCCAAGUCUCACUGUCAUGAGACGAAAACUGUCACCUAAGGUGAUUAGCAAUGGACAUUAAGUUCAUGUAAAUGACCAUUUUGCCCGUGUCUCCAUCAUCCUCUUGAUUUUUCAUGAUCCAACUCUUGCUGAUGAUUUUCUUCUACAGGCUG